UAUUUCUUGAUUUCCUUUGACGGCGACACAAGAUUAGAAAAUGGAUUAAAGGAAUUAUUCUGAGUUCGUCGAUGGCUAUGUUCUGACGUCAUUCUUCCAACUUAUAAGGCGAAACUCUCGUCCAGACAAGUCACUCGAAAAGAGGAUAUCACAGAACACCAAACGUCUCAUUCGUCUGUUAGUUUUGGAAAAUCUUCGUCAUGAAGUUUCACAGCGUGGUCCUAUCUCUGUCGCUGCUGGUCGUUGCAAAACUGAGUCACGGCCUCCCAGCCGCCGUCACGGCCCCUCCUCAGGUGGCCGCUCAGUGUCCCUACACCCCGGGGCCGGUCCCUCUGUUGCUGCCCAACCCCGUCGACUGCGGUUCCUUCUACAUGUGCAGCUGGUAUGGGACAGCCUUUUUGCAGCACUGUCCUCCUGUGCUGCACUUCAAUGCCAAACUGCAGGUGUGUGACUCUCCUGCAAACGCCAACUGUGUCCACAGAACCACAGCUGCUCCUGCCUCCAACACCACUACUGCUGCUCCAACCUCCAAUGGGACAUCAACUGUUCCUGUUUCCAACGUAACCACAGCUGCCCCAACUUCAAAUAUAACUACAGCUGUUCCAAUCAACAAUGCGACUAUAGUUGUUACUUCUCCAGCGUGACCUUAUCUUUUCCAAAAUCCACUGUAACCGUAGCUGCAUCCAGCUGGGCCAUGCAGCUACGAUUAUGCAGUCACUAUCAAGAUGGUUCCUAAUGUGUCAUGCAUUUACUUUGCAAUAAACCUUUUGAAUACAA